AAUCGACCAAGUACCAUAAUAUAGCCAAGACAGCUGAAGAAAUAUGUGCAGUAAUGGGGAAGGCUCAUUGGGCUACGGCAGGUCUUUUGGUUGUAGCUGCUGUUAUACACAACAUUGAGACUGCCAAACGUGUUAACAAAGAAUGCCUUGAAUUAUUGGCAUCAAUUAACACAGUGGGGAAAACUCUGAGUAGAUUUAGCAAAUUGCAAGUCAUACCAGAUGAAAUGAAAUCCACUGUAACAGAGGCAAAAACCGUAAUCGCCAAAAGUGCUGCUUGUUGUUUGUCUAUCAUACACUCCCCAAUACUUCACAAGUUUAUCUUUUCUUCAAAGAAUGAAGAACAAAUCUCUUCGUGUGCAAAGCGAUUAGAGAAGCUACAACACGAUCUGAGCUUCCAACUCAUCUUUGCUGAUUAUACAGAACGACACGAGCUUAAGAAAAAGAAAACACUAAACGAAGAUGAAAUUAUUUCAUUACCGACUUCUCCACAUGGAGGUGGAAAUCAACCGGAUGGAAAGACCAAAGAUAAAAGGAGAACUUGUUUUUCAAGAUUUGAUGUCAUAUGCAAAAAAGAUGGAAAACGAAGGACUUGCAAUGGAAUACUCCAUAGAAUAUGCAAAAAAGAUGGACAGAGACCUGGUUCAGAGCAUCCAAGUGGCAAAUCCUCUGAUGCUGAAAAAGACUCGGCUGUCAAGAUUGAGGAGAUGCUUAGCCUCGACAGCAAAGAACCGGCCAUUGCAGUUUUCAUAUGUGGUCCGUGGAGAACAGGGAAAAGCAGAGUUGCUGACAAAGUCUGCUCAAAACUACAACGUCAACUCAGCAAGAAAAAUUGGAAGCAAAUCAAAAUAAAAAUCACAGAAGUAGACACGGCCGAAGAAGGAUCUGUAUCAAAUUUAGACUUGGUACCUGGUGUGCGCUCAAAAUUUUUAGCCAAAUUGCAACAAACAGGAAAUCAGAAGGGCACAGAAAAUAUAAAGGAAAUAGAAAGUGAUAAUGAAUGGCAGAAAGUUGUCUCACGCAAUUUACGUGAUAAGUCCCUUAAGGUAUUUAUUUACAUUGAUAAUGUCCCCAGUGCUGAAUUCCUCAAAAAGAUUUUACCCAAGAAGAUAAGCGAAGGAAAUCAGAUGAGACUACUUGUUACCAUUGUGGAUAAAAAUGUGGCAUCUGCUACAGAGGGUUCUGUGUUUCGAAAACAACUGUAUGUUAUUAGAUCUCUAAGUUAUAACCAAUCACUAAAUUUCUUCGCCAAAAAGUUGCCGAAGGAGAAGACUCAUACACUUGUAUUGAGGGUCAUAAUAAAGAUAUGUGAGGGGUAUAAAACGCAAAUGAAAAUGGUCAGGAACUAUUUGAUGAAGUACUUCGGGGAUGAUGAGUCUUUCGGGAGAUUAACAGAAUGGAUUAAAACUGAGGAACCCAAGUUUCCUAAACUCAUGGACUAUCUAAGUUGCGAAGAACAGUUCAACCACCAAUCGGCAGCCAUAAAGGAGGCUCUUCUAGACAUUUGUUCAUUCUUCAGUGGGUGGGAAUGGAAUAAAACAGCAUGCAUAUUGGACAAGGACGUACUUGACAAGCUGAAGCAGUUGGAGAUGGUAAAGAGAGAGUCAAACAAAGUAUGUGUGCCAGAUAAAGUCAUGACCUAUUGUCUUUCUCGGGGGAAAGGAACUCGAAUUACUAGCGCCACUGAUCUGUAUGCUGUGCCAGCAGAAGGCAAGUUUCAUUCAAUAAAAGGCAUCUGGCUGGUACAAAACAAGUGCCCAAUCCGUAUAUCCUCACAAAAGCUGGAUGAAAUGCCAAAUUUAAGAGUCCUUGCAUUAGGAGACUGGACAAUAGUGGAAGGUGACUGCAAAAAGAAUUUUAGCAAUCUCAGAUAUUUUCAAGCGGGAAGAGUUGAGCACCUACCCUUCAAUAUCAGCCAGUUAGACAACAUAAGGUUCAUGGACAACAACUCUGACCGCAAAAUGGGGAUCAGCACGCUACAGGUUCCCCCAACACUCAGAAUGGUGAGAUCUAAGGGAUCAGAAUUUGAACACAAACUAAUAUUGGACAAUUAUCCAAUUGAAUACACACUAAAAUUGGACAAUCUGCCCAAGGAAUGUAAAGUCAUAGAGUUGGAUAUAGGAGGCAGUAAUGUGGACACAUUGCCAAACACUGUCUGUGAAUUGGAUGCUUUACAGAAGAUGAUUUUGAAUAAAUGCAGAACACUGCGGAGUUUGCCUAAAUCCUUCGGGGAGCUCCGAUCUUUGAAGAUGUUGGAUCUAAGUUACUGUUCAACUUUGAGUAGCUUGCCUUCAGAUUUUGGGUGGCUAAGCAAUCUUGAGAAGGUUAACCUUUCCUACUGUAGAAACUUAAAGAAUCUCCCUGAAAGUAUAGGUUUGCUGAUCUCUAUUAAAAAAAUUGAUUUGUCAUAUUGCAAGCGCCUCAUGGAACUUCCCAAAAGCUUGGUGAAACUAACCACAUUGCUUGUGUUAAAUUUGAAAGCCUGUACUUAUCUGAUGGAAUUGCCAGACGGAUUUGAAGAGUUGGUUCUCAAGGGGCUCUGUUUGGAGUCAUGCAAAAGACUAAAAGCUCUUCCUGGAAAAAAUGGAGAAAUAAUCUUGCUGCAGAAGAGGGUGUCCCUGAGUUGGUGUUUAAGUAUACAAGAAUUAUCAAAAGGAUUCAUCACUUUCAUCAAGGCUCACGUGGAAGAACUCAAUUUGGUGGAUUGCAUCAGUUUGAAGUCACUUCCAGAGGAUUUUCCAAUGGAACUGAGCGGUCUAAAGAGCCUCAACUUGAGCGGAUGUAGAGGUCUUGUAUGUCUCCCCAAACGUUUUCACAAGCUUGAACAUCUGCAAAAAUUGAAUUUAAGCUCAUGUGAAAAUUUAGAGGAGCCCUCUACUAAACUGAGUCGUCUGCCAUCAUUGAUAGAGGUGAAUCUGUCUAAUUGUGAAGGACUCAAGGGACACUGGCUGAUAAGUUUGAGUAAGAUACAAAGCUUGACUUUUGUAGACAUUCAUGACAGUCCACAACUAGUGGAUACAUGGAAUCAGAUGAUGAAACAGAAUAAAAUUUACCACUUCACAGUGGCCACAAGCCGACCUCCAAUUGUAGCUUGUCUUUUAUCCCAUGUCCUUUCGUCGGACCCGUACAUUAAGAAGUUGGAACAAGGAUCAUUCAAUUUCUUCGAUGGAAAAUGGGUUUUUGUGGAUGUUAACGGACGGCCAUUUUAUUCCUCUACUAGUCUUGAGGAAGGCAAAACCGUAGCUGUUAUUUUCAAUCAUAGCUAUCAGAAAGAAGAGCUACAUGCCCUGGGAGAAAUACUUGAUGAUCUUCGAGCCAGUUGUAAGGAUAUGCAGGUACUUCAAGUGAGCAGAUUUGUGAGUUCCUUGGCUAGAGAGCUGGCUGGCAAGCAUCAUGUUUUCAGUUGUGAUAAUUAUGAAGCUCAAGUAUUCUUUGAAGAAGCUCUGUCCACUGUCGAGUCCUUUGAUCAAGAGAUGGAAUAUGCUAUGAUCAUAAGUGAUGUAAUACGCGGACCAAAGCAGCAUAAAGCCUUUUCUACUUGGAUGGGUAUUACAAAGAAUAGCUUACGAGCCAUGACAGUAGAAGUUCCAAGAGCAGAAUACCUGCGCUUAAAAGAACUCACAGACACCCCUCAGGAUAGCAAUAUCAAAUUGCUUCAAGCAUUGUUACUCACAAAAGAAAUAGAUUUCCUUGUUACCAGGACAAGUCAGAUGGGUAUCAAACAACUUGAAGGGAAAUUUGUUUUCCUCUUAGUGUCCUGGCUUCAUGACAUCGAAAAAGAAAGCGAAGAUUUCAAAAGUGUGUACGAUAAGCUCAAAGGGAUGUUGUCCAUGGAAAACAAGGAAAAUUUUGAGGCAGUAUGGAUUCCAAGAGUCAUUCAUGGCAGAGAGAGUAGAAGUCUCCAUGCAAAAGGUGUUGAAAAAAUAGGUUUCCCAUCAAUUGCAGACCCAUGGUCGAUCAACCCCGUAGUUAUGCAUCUCUUGAGGAGGCGCUCCACCUUCAAUAAGUUGCCCUUGUUACUUGCAGUGGAUCCCAAGGGAGUAUUAUAUUUGGAUAAUUUGAUACCCGAAACGGAAAGCAUCAAAAAGGCUGUUGCAAUAGAGAAUGCAACCGAGGCAUUAUACAACUUCUUAACAGAAAGGGGGAGUAAUUCUGACAAAAUACAGGAGGAGGAAGAUGGCCCAGGGUCCUGAUCUAUAGACAUCCAUCAAGAUUGAAGUGUUUGUCUGUAGCAACAUUUAGUAGUGUCUUGAAAUUCUCAAAGAAAUCAAACUCAAUUUAAUGGAGAGAAUAUAUGUAUGUAAAAUCUCUUAAGAUUUGUACAAUUUGAGUUGGUCUAGUAGUGGAGGGUUUGUGUUUUUGAAAGAGAGGUCACAAGUUCAAAUCCCACAAGGGGGUAGAGAAUGUUCACCUUAUUGACUUCGGCUCAUUACCAAUCCAAAAAAUAUCUCCCAAAAUUUAAUUUUAAAAUGAUUAAAAUAAAUGUUAUAUAAAAUAUUCACAGCUUUGAGUUAUCAAUGCAUAAAUAUUUGUUUUCAGA